GAGAGCGCGAACAGAUCUAAGUCCGGCUAUAAAACGAGCAUUUCUAACGGAGAACAGAAGACUGCAGUGUUUCAUUAAGUAAUAUAAAGAAAUUAAAAAUAAAAGAGAAGAUGCCUCGGGGGUUUUUGGUGAAACGGAAUAAACGCGCUGUAGGGGCAUCGUACCGGAUCCGACAUGAGAGAGCAGAGGUGCAGAAAUCAGACCCGCACGCGCUGAAUCCGGAGACGUCCAGCGACCCGGUCAGAGCACCGAGAACAGACGCCGCUGCAGAGCCGCCAGAACUGUCAGCUUACGGGCGAAGUGUCUUCCACAACAGUAGCAUUAAGGAUUAUAACGAAGAAGAUGAGGAUGAGGAUGAAGAAGAUAACGGCGCUGAGGAGGCUUGCGUCAGACCCGCGGUGCCCCUGAGCGCGGUAUUAAAGCGCUCCCCUUUCCCUCGGUGUUUGAGUUCACCGGCCGCCGCAGAAUCGUUCCCGGUUUCCUCCAUCGAACGCCUCCUCCUUUCCAGCCACGCGGACGUGAAGUUUGCUCCGUUCCCUUCGUCAUUUCAGCAGAACUUUAAGCACGAAGCCAAAAGCAAGCCGCCGGUGAGGAAACCGAAAGUCGCAAGGAAGCUCACUUUUGAAGACGAGGUCACGACCUCUCCGGUGCUCGGACUGCGGAUCAAGAAGGAGAGCCCCGGGACCGCGCCGGUACCGAGGAGCAAGAAGCCGCUGGGGGAGUUCAUCUGUCAGCUCUGUAAGGAGGAGUACCAGGACCCGUUCUCCUUGGCGCAGCACCGGUGCUCACGCAUCGUCCGGGUGGAAUAUCGGUGUCCCGAGUGUGACAAGGUGUUCAGCUGUCCCGCUAAUCUGGCUUCACACCGCCGCUGGCACAAACCGCGCGACUCUCAGGACGGGAAGAAGGUUCAGGUUCACGAGAAGGCGUCAGUGGAAGGGAAGGAGAACACGAGCGAGAUGAGCGUGAAGCAGCAGCAUCUGUUUUUCUCCGCUGAAAGCGCACAGAGCAGCACGUCUCUCAUGGACACGUGUCGCGGCGCGUCGGACAAGUGCUUUGAUUUGCGCGCGAGCUCCAGUGACGACGGCGCGAGGAUGUUUGAGCGUCGCCGCGACGACACGAAGCCACUGACACCGGGGUUUCUGUGCGCUCGAGCAAUAGGACGAGGAGGAGAAAGAGCAGAUGAUGAAGAGGAAGAGUACGCGUGCCACUACUGUGCCAAGACGUUCCGGAGACACGCGUAUCUGAGAAAACACGUCGCCGCUCACCAGAGCGUCCACGCGGCGGCGUACAAGAACGCGGAGAACGCACCGAUCCUGUACACGUGCCAUCUGUGCGGUGCGCGAUUCCCCUCGGCGGAUGUGCGCGAGAAGCAUCGUCUGUGGCACGCGCUUGCGGGACCGUGCACGGGAAAGACUGCAGGAGCCUUGAUGAGACCGGACCUCAUGCUGCCCCCAAAACCGAGCCGGAUGUGGGAAGUUCCGACUUAAAGUGUUCAUACUGCUGACAGUUUUUAGGACAUUUUACAAGUGCGAAUAAAUCACGGACACGUGUAAAAACAA